AUUUGAUUAUUCCCAAAUUUGUUCUUUUCUUCUAGGAGGAUCAACUGCAGGAAUUGUUGUUGGCAUUUUACUUUUAAGUUUAGUAUCAUUUCUACUGCUAGCAUUGCUGUUGUUCCUUUCUAUUGGAAUCACGUUAGGGAAGCUUCUUCAGUAUAAGGAGGUACACCAAGUUGGGCAGACAUUCCAUUGGUAUCAAGAAUUAAUCCGAGUUACCCUAGGUCCUGGUAAAAGAGGUCAGUGGACAUGGAAAAAAUCACGCGAUUCUAAAUAUUUAAUCAUGUUUGGCCCCCUGUUUGAGGACCUAAGGGGUCCACCAAAGUAUAUGCUCUCUCAGAUUACAGGAGGAAAUCCUAGCAAGCAUAAUGACAAAGUCAUUGCAACAGACGAUGAGACGGAAGAUGCAGAAGCACCUUUUAUCCAGAAGUUGUUUGGUAUUCUAAGAAUAUACUUCACAUUUCUUGAAUUUGUGAAGCGAGUUUGUCUUGGAAUUGUGGCUGGUACGUAUUUGAAGAACUGGUCUUCAAAAACUCCGAUAGUUGUCCUGCUUAGCAUCACUUCUUUCCAGCUAUUCUUUAUGGUUCUGAAGAAGCCUUUCAUUAAAAAGAAGGUUCAGCUUGUUGAGAUCAUCUCAGUUGCUUGUGAAGUAGGUAUUUUCGCUGCUUGCAUUGUUCUCUUAGAAAGAGAUUCAUCAAGAAAGGAAACCGAAAUUGGAAUCGCCAUGCUUGCACUUUUCUUCAUAGCAUUUUUGGUCCAGCUGCUAAAUGAAUGGUAUGCAUUAUACAGACAGACAAAGCGACUCGGUCCUGAUGACAAUUCUUUCUGCUCUGGUCUGAAAGCAGCAUCAAUUGGAUUCCUUUUGUUUUUCAUUCCUCAAAGAUUGAUCAGAAAGCUCGAAAGUGGGUCUGCGUUGUUAGACCACAGACUAAAGGAAACUGGGGAUGUUACUUCUUCUGGUGACAGGAAUAGGAGUUCUGGUAGUAGGAGCUCAGGUGAUAAAGCAUGGAUGCGGCGAAUAAGAGAACUAGCAAAGUCCAGCUUUAGUAAAGACAGUAAGGCAACGCCAAGUGAUCCCUCAACAAGUACUGUUAGAUGGAGCGGAUUGUGGAAUACAAAGAGAAGUGGGAGCUCAUCUAUGGAUGCAUCAGCAGACUUCAAGUCAAAACCAAGAAGAUUGCACAAUGAUUUAGAAGCUAUUUUUGCUUCCAAGUCAUAAACAUCUUAUUCAAUAUACAAUGGAGUAAUAUAUUCUGGCUUUACUGGUUACUUGACUACAUCUAAAGCGGGUUUGGACCUGUUGCUUUAACUAUGUAACAAUGUAUCUGUAUGCUAUAAAUUAAAGUAUACAACACUUAUUCUGAACUCUCUGACGUUGAUCCUGGAUUCCCCCUGCUUGACUGUUUUUGAGCUUAUGUGCUUAGCAGGUUUAUGUUAUAUUUCCAUAAUAAGGAUUGUUGGAAUCA